AUGACUUCCCUUCGCCAUUUCCACGCCAUGGAUGUUUUGAAAUUCAACUCUACCAACCUAGAUCCUCUGACCGAGACAUACGAUCUCAAUUUCUACUUUUCCUACCUCGCCCGCUGGCCGCAUCUAUUCAAUGUGGCAGAGGGACAAGACGGAACUAUAGAUGGCUACAUGAUGGGAAAACUCGAGUCCUCGCCAUCAUAUCUGCAAUACAGCGAACAUUACCUACCCUUCCACGCACAUAUCACGGCUUUGACCGUCGCUCCCCAUGCCCGGCGCCUUGGUCUCGCCCGCAUAUUAUCGCAGUCCCUCGAACAAGGCGGCGACGAAUACGAUGCCUGGUUCGUUGAUCUGUUCGUGAGAGAGAGCAACAAGAUCGCCCAAAACUUAUAUAAGGGUUUGGGGUACUCCGUAUACCGGCGGGUAUUGGACUACUAUUAUGAUAAUCCUCUUGAUCCCGCCAAAGAAGGAGAGGACGGCUUUGAUAUGCGCAAACCCCUGAAAAGGGAUAAGGACCUAGUACAUAUCAGGGACAAUGGUGAAGACUUUGCUGUUACCCGGGAGGAUGUGUUCUGA